AUGAAAAUGAGUGAAGGAAUUAUAUCACCAUUAUCACUUUCUAGUGAAUCAUCAGAGCAACAACAGGCAGCAAUUAGAAAGUUUAGUAAUGGUAGUAAUGGUAGUGGUGGUGGUGGUGGUAGUAACCUCAGUGUAAAUAGUAGUAAUAGUGGUAGUAAUAAUAGUAUAAGAAAAAGUUCAACAUUGAUGUACAAUGGACCAUUACCAUCAAUAAAUGAUGGUAAAGAAUUAUUAUUGGAAAACUCGAAACCAAAAGUUGUAGAAUUAGUAAAUACAUUUAAUCAUAAACCAUUAUCAACCAUUCAUUCAGUACAUAAUGAAAUACCACCACCAGCAAUUGAAAAAGAGAAAAAAGAAAUCAUAAAUACUAUAUCAAAUUCUGGUGUCACAAAAUAUAUGACGGCCCUUGAAAUUUUAGAUAGUACAAUAAAUACACCAUUAAAUAGAAGUAGAAGUGGUAGUAUUGGUAGUAAACCAAUUUGUAAUAAUUUAACAUCAUCAUCAUCAUCAUCAUCAACAACAGCAACUACACCAUCACCAACAACUACAAGUAAUAAUAAUAAUAAUAAUAAUAAUAAUAAUAAUAAUAAUAAUAAUAAUAAUAAUAAUAAUAAUAAUAAUAAUAAUAAUAAUAAUAAUAAUAAUAAUAAUAAUAAUAAUAAUAAUAAUAAUAAUAAUACUACCUCCACCACAACCACAACAACAUCAAUUUUAAUAUCAUCUUCACCACCACCAUCAUCAUCAUCUUCUUCUUCUUCAAAUGAUGAACAAUUUAAUAAUAAUAAUAAUAAUAAUAAUAGUAAUAGUGGUGGUAGUAGUAGAAUGAUAACAUCAAAAUCACAAAUUAAACCAUUAAUAGUAACAUCAAAUACUGCUGCAACAACUACAACAACUACAACUACAAAUACAUCAGCCCCAACAACACCAACAAAUAGAGUUCAAUCAAGUUUAGAUGAUUUAUUAUUUAAUUUACCUACAAUACCAAGUAAUGUGCCAACAGUUAAUGGUGGUCCAAAAAUAUCGGCAGUACCAAAGAAAGUAUCUUCAUCAAAAUUAUUAAUACCACCCUCUUCAAAUGUAUCAUCAUCAUCAAAUAUUACUUUAUCAUUAUCAUCAUCAUCACCAUCAUCAUCAUCAUCAUCAUCAACAAGUACUGUAGUACCAAUUGUACAAUUAUCAUCGUCAAAUUCAACAAACUCACCAUCAACAUCAUUACCAACAACACCAAGAUUAUCACAACCAACUACAUCUUAUACUCAAUUAAUACCAUCACAACAGCAACAGCAACCAACUGAAAGUAAUAGUAGUAGUAAUACAAAUACAACAACAACAUCAUCAUCAUCAUCAUCAUCAUCAUCAUCAUUAACAAUAUCAUCACCACAACCAUCAAAUAAUUCAAUAAGAAUAUCAGCAUUUGGUAGAUCAUCAACACAAUUUACAAUUAGUAGUAAUGGUAUACCAAGUAGUCCAGGACAAGUUUCAAAUAAAGAUUAUAAUAAUAUAGGUAAUUUAAGUAAUAGUUCAGGAGAACGUGUAAAGAAUAAACAAUAUUCAAUGUUAAAUAUUAGUAAGAAAACCAUACUUGAUGAAUCAGAUAUUUCAUCAUCACCAAGAUCAAUUGGUAGUCCUAAUAGUAUAAGGGCAUCGAUUUCAAGUCAAUUACCACCAUCAUUAUCAUCAAUUGGAGGUGGGGGUGGUGGUGGUAGUGGACCUAAUGUCGUAUCGAAUAAACCAUUAGUAGUAAAGAAACCAUCAACAAGUGAACAUAUUAAAAAAGAGAAUAUUUGGAGACAAACUAUGAUACCGUUAACAAAAGAGGAUCAUAUUAAAGUAGUAUUCGAGGGUAUACCAGGUAAAAGAGUGAUUCAAAAGUUUUUAAUUGAUAAAACACCAAUUGAAAUUAAAUCGAAAUUCUUUGAAGAUCUUAAAGAUGGUGAUCUUUUAAAUGGUCUCACCCAAUUACCAUCCCUAAUACCCGAACAUUAUGAACUAAAAGUACUCUCUGUAAAUAGUACAAUUUCAAAUGAAACUCUACCAUUAAGAAGACAAACUUUAAUGCAAGCAUGUAAUAUUUCAAGAUUAUUUCCAAAAUUACAUUUAAUUUUAAAAUCAGAAUCAACAACAAUAUUAGAUGGUGCAUCAACAACUACAACUACAACUACAACAACAACGACAACAACAGCAAAUCAAUCAUCAAAUAUUAUUACAAAAUCAAAUUCAUCAUUAGAUUUAACAAUUAAUAAUAGUAAUGAAAUUAUUGAUGUUAAAGGUCAUAUUCAGGCAGAGUUGGAAAUUUUCGAAUUAAUUGGUACUUCAUUCACUAGGGUUUUGGAUCAGGGUCAAGAGGUUGUAAGUUUUAGAAGAGAUUUCGCACAAUUUAGAUUAUCGAAUUUCACAAGUACUCGUAAUGAUUUAUCUCAAAUGAUUUAUGUAUCUUCAGAGCCAUUACCAUUGACAAUACCAAAUAAGAUCACGAUUAUGGUGUUGUUACCUGGUGAUGGUAAAAUCAUAAAACGUGUAGAUUGUUGUCCAAAUAGUUCAGUUGGUGAUGUGAAGAAAGAGAUCUUUAAAAAGUUUGCAAUGAUCGAUCGUGUACAUACUCAAGGUAAAACUCAAGAUGAUUUCGUAUUAAAGGUUACAGGAUUCCGGGAAUAUAUUCUAUGCAUUCAUGAAUUGGGUAAUCUAACAUCACGUCAACGUUUUUAUCCAACUGGUUCAGGUGGUGAUUUCUCAUUAAUGGACUAUGACUAUAUUCGUCAAUGUGUUGGUAAAAAUCAAACUGUAGAAUUAUCAUUAACAAAUAAUUCAAUAUUAUCAUUAAAUCAAGUUUCUGAAAAAGUUUCAUUUAUUGAUAAAAUUUUAGAAACUUCUGAUUUUGAUGAUUAUGAUGAAGAUUUAGAUAGUAUAAAUAGUAAUAGUUUUGAUGAUUUAAAACAAUCAAUUCAGCAACAACAACAACAACAAAUUCAAACUGUAAUUAAUAUAAAAGAAACUAAUAAAGAAAAUAAAGAUAGUAAUAAAGAAAAUAAAGAUAGUAGUAGUAAUAAUAAUAAUAAUAAUAAUAAUAAUAAUAAUAAUAAUAAUAAUAAUAAUAAUAAUAAUAAUAAUAAUAAUAAUAAUAAUGGUAAUAAUAAUGGUAAUAAUAGUAAUAAUAAUAGUAAUAGUAAUAUUAGUAGAGGAUCAAUUGAUAGUGAAGGUAAUGGUAGUGGUAGUGGUAAUGGUAGUGAACAACCAACAUUAAUUGGUGUUCAAAAUUUUUCAUUACCAAAUAAUUCAAAAUUACCAAUUAAUAUUGUAAAGAGAUUGUUUAGAGUUAAUAUUGCAGGUUUAAGAAAUUUAAAUUUUAAUAAUAAUGAAGAUGCUAGAAAUAAAUUUGCAGAUGGAAAGAAUAAUCAACCAAAUGUAUUUGUAAUGGCAGAGUUGUAUUAUGGUGGUGAGUUAUUGACAAAUCCAGUUUUUACACCGAUUGCACAACUUGCUUCAUAUGGUGAUGGUAGUGUUGAAUUCCCAAAUUGGGAGAAAGGUAUUGCAUUCACCAUUCCAAUACGUUAUUUACCAAGGGCUGCAAGAGCAUCGUUCACAGUUUAUGUCACUACCAUCUCAGAGGCAUUGGAAUCACAAAUGGAUGAAGUCGUUAGUAAAUCAAUUCCAAUUGGUUGGAGUAAUUGUUUGUUAAUGAAUCAUAAAGGUAUGUUACGUAUGGGUCCAACGGCAUUUAGAUUGUGGGACGAUGGUAGAAGGGCCAAUCCAAUUGGUACUUGUGUUGAUAAUCAAGCUGCGAAACAACCAAUUAUUCUAUUGGUUGAAUUUGAAAGUUUCAUUAGACCUAUAGUUUAUGUUGAUACCGCAUUGCAAAGUAUGAUGGUUAAUGAUAGUAGUAGCAUUAGUAGUAAUGGUGUAGAGUCACCAUCGAUUGUAUCAUUUUCAUCGUCAGCUGCAUCUUCAUCACCCCUACCAUCUUCACCAUUACCAUCGCCUGUAGGGUUAAAGAAAUUGGAUUUGGAUGAAGCUAGAAGAUUGAAAGCAUUGAUGGAUUCUGAUCCAUUGGUUCAAUUAAGUGCAGAGGAUAAAAAGUUGGUCUAUGGCUAUAGACAUAUCUAUAAGAGUAAACCAAAGGCAUUGGCUAAAUUCUUACUCUCUGUAAAUUGGAUAGAUCCUGAUCAAGUUACCGAUGCCUAUCGUCAAAUGAAUGAUUGGGCCCUAUUGAAACCCGUACAAGCAUUGGAGAUAUUGGAUGCAAAGUUUGCCGAUGAACAUGUUAGAAAUUUCGCAAUCAAAAUUAUUAAUUCAUUCUCGGAUGCUGAAUUCUCAGAUUUCCUCUUACAAUUGACCCAAGUGUUAAAGUAUGAACCCUAUCAUAACUCUGACCUAACUCAUAUCUUAAUUCAACGUGCACUUAGCAAUCGAUCGAGAAUAGGGCAUUUCUUUUUUUGGUUUUUAAAAUCAGAGAUGCAUACACCAGAGAUUGAGGAACGUUAUGGUUUAUUAUUGGAGGGUUAUCUAAGAAGUUGUGGUACUCAUCGUCAAGAUUUAAUUAAACAGAAUCAAGUCUUAAAAUCAUUACACACCGUAGCUAUGGCAGUCAAACAAACCAAUGGUUCAUCAGAACGUAAAAAGGUAUUAAUGGAAGGUCUUUCAAAGAUUAAAUUCCCAGAUACUUUUCAAUUGCCAUUGGAUCCACGUUGGGAAGCCAAGGGUUUGAUCAUUGAUAAAUGUAGAUAUAUGGAUUCAAAGAAGUUACCACUUUGGUUGGUCUUUGAAAAUGUUGAACCUCAUGCAAAACCUCUCACUGUGAUCUUUAAGGUUGGUGAUGAUUUACGUCAAGAUAUUCUAACAUUACAAGUGUUGAGAAUUAUGGAUAAGUUUUGGAAAAACUCUGGUAUGGAUCUUAGGCUACAACCCUAUAAAUGUAUUGCCACUGGCGAUGGUAUCGGUAUGUUGGAGGUGGUUUUGAAUGCCAAUACCAUUGCAAAUAUCAACAAGGAUGCUGGUGGCACUGGUGCAUUACUCGAGGAGAAAACCCUUGUCAAUUGGUUAAAAGAGUGCAAUAAAACCGAAGCUGAAUACAAUAAGGCCGUGGAAACUUUUAUACUCUCUUGUGCUGGUUAUGUUGUGGCUACCUAUGUCAUGGGUAUUGGUGAUAGACAUUCCGAUAAUAUUAUGAUCACAAAAUUGGGUCAUCUAUUUCAUAUUGAUUUCGGUCACUUUUUAGGUAACUACAAAAAGAAGUAUGGUUUCAAGAGAGAAAGAGCUCCUUUCAUUUUCACUCCACAAUAUAUGGCAAUCGUUGGCGGUAAGGAUAGUGAGAAUUUUAAACGCUUUGUCACUACAUGUUGCUCCGCUUAUAAUAUCCUCAGAAAGAAUACAGAUUUAUUCAUAAAUUUAUUCCAACUAAUGUUAAGCACAGGUAUACCAGAGUUACAAGUGGCUGAGGAUAUCGAUUACCUCAGAAAAGCUUUGGCUCCUGGUUUAUCAGAUGAAGAGGCUGCUGAAGAAUUCACUAAAAAUAUUAGUGUAGCUUUAAAUACAAAAACAGUUUUAUUAAAUGAUAUUUUCCAUGGUUGGGCUCAUUAA